UCCGGCGCAUGCCAGAUCAUGGCGCAGGGGCAGCGCAAGUUCCAGGCGCGGAAGCCGGGGAAGAGCAAAGCAGCGGCAGCGGCCUCAGAGCGGAACCGGGGCCCGAGGAAGGGUGGUCGUGUGAUCGCCCCCAAGAAGUCGCGCAUCGUGCAGCAGCGAAAGCUCAAGAAGGACCUGGAGGUCGGGAUCCGGAAGAAGAUCGAACACGACGUGGUAAUGAAAGCCAGCAGCAGCCUGCCCAAGAAGCUGGCGCUGGUGAAGGUUCCCGCCAAGAAGGAGGCAGCCUCUUCCUCCUCCACCAAGACACCUUCCUAAGGACCCCAGCCCAUUGGAGGCCAUCGCCACAGCCUCUGUGCUCAGCCCUAUGCAGGUGACCCCACUGUGAGAAGCCGUGCUCCCCACAGCCUCGGGUGACAUGCACCUCAAAUUGCAUUGGGGGCCUAGCCCAUGAGCAGGUGAUCAGCAGAUCUGGAGUGCACUGGUCAGCUUCCCAGGGUGCCAAGGACUCCAGAAGGGAAGGAAUGUUCACCAGCUUCCUGCGUCCCCCUCCUCUGGUCUUGUCUCCCCUGAUUUAACCCAGAGCAAUAAACAUGACUGUGAUUCCUCCUG